UAAUUCCAUAUAUACAUAAUCCUGUUUAGGUUUUGACAUUUAAUUUAGGUUGGACUGAAAAUUUAGGAACAACUUGUUCUGAAGCAAUACUUUUCGAAAUAACUUAUGUUGUAUGGAUUAAAUGUUUUAAUUAAAUCGGUUUUUGCAACGAGUGAAACGUGCGCAGUACUAUGACGUCUAAGAUAUAUACAUUAGCGUGCCGCAUUUGUACCCAGGCGGAUGUUGACGAAAUGGAUUCGCUGUAUGAUACCGUCGCUGAGGAGAAGACCCCAGCUCAAAUUAUUGAAGAAUGUUUUGGAAUCGCGAUCAAACCAGACGAUGGUCUUCCAACAAAAUACUGCCAAAGCUGCAAGGAGGAUUUAGGAGCUGCGCUUCGUUUCCGCUGCCGAUUGCAGGAGUCGGAUGCCAAGUUUAAUGAUUUGCUUGCUGUACCGAAAAUCGAAAUAACGGAACCUGCGGACGGGAAUAUUUCCUCGGUGUUUAUAUCGGAAAUUUUUAUUAAAGCUGAAGAUGAAGAUCAGUCCGACUGUGAAGAAAUGCUAUUGAAUGAUGAUAAUUCAGUUGAAAUCAUAAAACCAAGAGUUCGGCAGAAAAGGCUUCAAAAUAAGCGGAAGAAAAAGUUAGAGGAUAACACAUCUGAGCAGCAUGAAGACCUGUCGGAUUGUGUUGAAGGUAGCUCUGCAGAGGAAGAAGAAAUACAACCUGAUGCGUCCAAGCCUGCUAAAAAACGAUGGGCAGAAAUAAAAUUUUCGGAUUGCUCGUCUAGUGAUGAUAAUUUUUCCGACUACGAUAGUGGACAAAGUUCAGAUAGUGAAACUGAAGAGAAACCUAAGAAAAAAAGACUUUAUUACGGUGUUAAGGCGGAUUCGCUACCCAAGCGAUGCUGUAGUUGUAAGGAUUUACCGUUGGAUAGUCAUGAAAAAGUUCAAGAACAUUCCGAUAAGUACCACUAUCGAUAUCGUAUCACCAAUACGAGAGAAAUUGAAGAGAACCCAUUCGAAUGCUUGAAUUGCUACAAACGUUUUGAUUCUAAGAAGGAGUUCCUACGACACCAGCGUAAAAUGUACGUUGAACGGUUGCAUCCAUGCCCCAAAUGCGACGAAGAAUUCGCGAAUCAUUACGUCCUGCAACGACAUCUGAAAUUAUAUCACAAGAAAAAAAUGAUUAUCGAGCGGAUGGAAGAAUUACGCCAAGAAUCGCACAUUUGUUGUGCGUGCAAGAAAAAGUUUGACACCCGUGAACAACUAAAAGCCCACGCUGAUGAAAUUCACUUGAAGGAGCGACAAACUUACGAAGGUGAUUUUGAGUUUGAAUGCGAAGUGUGUUAUAGGCGCUUCAAAACACGACAAUCUAUGAAGGUACAUCAGUACCGAAUGUUUAAGGGCAAAAAGUUCAUUUGUGCGCUGUGCGGUAAAGCGUUCAAGGAAAAGGCUUUCCUGCGUGACCAUGAAAACUCCCAUCGUAGAGAAAAACCCUACGAGUGUCCGAAAUGCGAUGCCCGAUUCUCUAUCAAAGGUUCGUAUGACGCGCAUGUCAGAUUACAUGAUGCCAAGGAGGAGUUUAAAUGUGAAUACUGUGGUCGAGGUUUCCGAACUAAAAGUCUGCUGAAGGGUCAUCUAACUGUACACUCCGAGGAUCGGCCGUUCAAAUGCCAUCUCUGUCCAAUUACGUUCACUCAGCAGCGAUUGCUGGAUUCUCACAUUGAAUUUCACCUGGGCAAUAAACCUUUCAAGUGUCAACAAUGUCCUGCAUCGUAUCGAUACCAGCGCGACUUGCGGGGACACAUCCGCGAGAAACAUGAGGGAAUACUGAGUUUCCAGUGUACGUACUGUCCGAAGGCAUUCAACCGCAAAAAACCGUUGAUGGUCCAUUUGAAAACACACGAAGUAAUCAUUUAUUGUAUAUUCAUACAUAUAACCAACUUCGGUGAAAUAAUACUAUGGUUCACAAUGAACGAAAACCUCCAUUGUCAAAUUUGUGGUCAACCUCAGACCCUGACGGAGAUGUCCUCAUUAUCAGAACCAUUGUUUGAUGGAUGUUCGGCUGCACAAAUAAUUUGGGAUUGUUUUAGACUCAAGCUAUCUGAUGAUAAUAAGAAUAGUUUGUAUUGCAAACAAUGCAAACAAGAUAUGGUGGCCGCCUCAAUUUUUGUUAACAAAAUACGUCAAUCGAAUCUUAAGUUGGAAUCUAUCACGACUAUAUUAGAAGAGAUACCAAAAGUAGAAAUAGUGGAACCUACUGAUACAACGAUCGUUUCGGUUUUCAUUACUGAGACAGAUAUCAAGACUGAAUGUACUGAAGAUGGACCUGGAUUGUUAAGUAACGUAACCAGCGAUAAAAGUGUUUUAAGAUCUAUUACGAAAAAUGAAGGACAACAUGUUGCAGGAUCUACAAUGCAUAAUGAUGAGUCUGAUAAAACUAAAAAAAUUCUCUGUAAUGGAAUCAAACAAGAAGAACUACGAAAAAAAAAUGGAUACGUAAAAGUAUCUAGAAGAAUGAGUUCACAUUCUGCCCGAUCAGAUGAUGGAAUUUCAGCAUCUUCCAGCGAUUCCGAAGAAUCGGACUAUGAAGCUGAAGAAAACUGUCACGACGAUAGUGAUGAACAGCUAGAACGAAAACGUCGCAACUACGGUGUGAAGCCUAAUUCUCAACCCAAAAGAUGUUGUUCAUGCAAAAAUAUGACCCUUGACACGCCUGAAAAGGUUGAAGAGCAUUCAGUUAAAUAUCACCUGAAAAUGCGUCUGUCAAAUCCGAAGGAUUUUGAGGGUAAAGUUUUCGAAUGCCUAACAUGUUUCAUGCGGUUCGAAACCAAGAAGCUUUACCUGCAGCAUCAACGUAAAAUGUACGUCGAUAUGUUACAUCCUUGCAAACAGUGCGAAGAAGAGUUCGCCAAUUUUCAUGUUCUUCAAAAGCACAUGAAAAAUAAUCAUCAACGAAAGCUGAAAAUUCACGAGUUAGAAGAGAUGCGAAUACAAAGCAAUAUUUGCUGCGGCUGUCGUGUUAAAUUUACCUCCCAAGAAGAACUGAAGGCACAUGCACAUAAAGUACACUUACCUAAUCGUGAACAAAACUAUAGUGAUAAUACGGUUGAGUGCGAUGUUUGCUAUAAAAUUUACAAAUCUGCCAAAUAUUUGAAAGAUCACAGAUUGCGGUUUUUCAAGAAAAAGAACUUGAUUUGUUCCCAGUGUGGUCGCAGUUUUCGCGAACGUUCACAGCUGGAAGGCCACGAAGAUUCGCAUAGAAACGUUCGAAAGUAUGAAUGCCCUAUUUGCUCAGCAAAAUUUUCAAUGAAAACGUCCUGGCAAGUUCACGUCAAGUACCACGAUGCGAAGGAAAAUUUUCAUUGUGAAUACUGCGGAAAGGGCUUUCGGAAAAAAGGUCUCAUGAAGGCCCACCUGCGAAUUCAUUCUACGGACAGACCACACAAAUGUCCAAUGUGCCCAUUAACAUUCACGCAGAAGAAUCGGUUGAACUCGCAUGUCUUGGAACAUUCCGGUUUGAAAUCAUUCAAAUGUGAUCGCUGUCCUGCUUCCUAUGUUCAUCAACGAGCUCUCAGGAGACAUGUUCGUGACAAACACGAAGGGAUACAAACGUUCAAGUGUAACAUUUGUCCCAAAGGAUUCAUUGAGCAGAAGCCUCUACUAAUUCACCUAAAAACCCACGAACGUAGCACGGAGGCAACUUUCUCAAAAACGUAAAAUAAAUAUUUAUUGGAAUA